AUGGCAGGUAAAGGUGGAAGAAAAACUAAAAAGAAAACUGAGAGAUCUCCGAGAGCUCGAAAAUCUGAUACCCCUGUUGUUGAAGAGAAUGUGCAAGAGCUAUCAGACAGGGACACUAGUGAUGAUCUGCCUGAACACCCCUCUAAGAAAACACAGGGCCAAAAAAGGAGACGUCCAUCUACUGGAGGUGGAGUCUCCAGCAGAACUAGAGCUAGAAAAGCGGUGUCAGAUGGAAAUGAGCCGGCCAAAGAAGUGGCAGUCCAGCAAGAGAGUGCCCCAGUGAGAGAUAAGACUGUAGUUUCGCUCUCACUUGAUACUGAAAGUGAAGACAUGUCUGAUGUGUCCUCCAAG